GCCAGUCUCAGGUCACAGACACACGAGUGGAGCUGCAGCAGUACUGACACUACCCACCUGUCCAGGGGGGCGGACUUCUGUGAGGGACUCUGCCGACGAAGGGUGACUGAAACCCGGACUGAGCAGGAGGAGCGCACCGGGACCCGAACCUGGACCCGUCCGUCCCCUCUGAGUCCCGGGCUGGUUUUAAUGGACUGCCGGUAACCAACAUCGACCCAGAGUAGGUGAACGUGUGUUGGCGUAGACUGGACAGUGCUGACCAUCAGAACACAUGGGGGAGACGGAGGAUGAGCGUACGGCGCAGGCCAGCCAGCUCUUUGAGAACUUUGUCCAGGCGUCCACCUGUAAAGGGACCCUGCAGGCCUUCAGUACCCUCUGCAGACAGCUGGACCUGGACCCUCUGGACUACAGCAACUUCUACAGCUGUCUGAAGGCCGCCGUCUGCCACUGGAAGGUCAAGGCUCUGUGGACUAAACUGGACAAACGGGCCCAGCAGAAGGUCUACAACCAGAACAAAGCCUGCCAGGGUACCAGGUGUCUGAUCAUCGGCGGGGGUCCCUGUGGUCUGCGAACAGCCAUCGAACUGGCCCUGCUGGGCUGUAAGGUGGUGGUCAUAGAGAAGAGAGACACCUUCUCCAGGAACAAUGUGCUCCACCUGUGGCCCUUCACCAUCCACGACCUCAGGGGCCUCGGAGCCAAGAAGUUCUACGGCAAGUUCUGCGCCGGUUCCAUCGACCACAUCAGUAUCCGUCAGCUCCAGUUGAUGCUCCUGAAAGUGAGUUUGAUUUUGGGAAUAGAGAUUCACGUCAAUGUGGAGUUUGUCAAAGUCGUGGAGCCUCCAGAGGAGCAGACUGAUGACAGUCCUGGGUGGCGAGCAGAGGUCCGACCAUCCACCCAUAUCGUUUCUGACUCCGACUUUGACGUGGUGAUUGGAGCCGACGGACGAAAAAACACUUUAGAUGGUUUUGCCCGCAAGGAGUUCCGAGGAAAGUUGGCCAUCGCCAUUACCGCUAACUUUGUCAACAGAAACACAACAGCAGAGGCUAAAGUGGAAGAGAUCAGCGGCGUAGCCUUCAUCUUCAACCAGAAGUUUUUCCUUGAACUUAAAGAGGACACGGGAAUCGACUUGGAGAACAUAGUGUACUACAAAGACAACACCCACUACUUCGUCAUGACGGCCAAGAAACAAAGUCUGCUGGACAAAGGGGUCAUCUUAAAUGACUACAUAGAAACCGAGCGUCUGCUGAGCGCCGACAACGUCAACCAGGAGGCCUUGCUGUCCUAUGCCCGAGAGGCUGCAGACUUUGGAACCAACUACCAGCUGCCGUCUCUGGACUACGCCAUCAACCACUACGGACAGCCGGAUGUGGCCAUGUUCGACUUCACCAGCAUGUACGCAUCGGAGAACGCCGCCCUGAUCAGGGAGAAACACGGACAUCAGCUGCUGGUGGCGCUGGUUGGAGAUAGUCUGUUAGAGCCCUUCUGGCCCAUGGGGACAGGCUGCGCUCGAGGGUUUCUGGCGGCCUUCGACACUGCAUGGAUGGUGAGGGGGUGGGCACAGGGGAGGACGCCGCUGGAGAUACUGGCUGAAAGGGAGAGUAUCUACCGACUGCUGCCUCAGACCACCACGGAGAACAUCAGCAAAAACUUCGAGCAGUACAGCAUCGACCCGUCCACUCGAUACCCCAACCUCAACUCCAGCUGCGUCCGUCCACACCAGGUGCGUCAUCUGUUCAUCGAUGGCAAUGAAGACUCCCAUCACGUGGGUAGAGGAGGGCCAACACGACGAUCUGUCAACCUGUCCAGACGAGAAUCCGAGGUGCGCCCCGGUCGCCUCCUGACCUGGUGUCAGAAACAGACCCAGGGCUACAGAGGGGUGGACGUCACCAACCUCACCUCCUCCUGGAGAAACGGCCUGGCCCUCUGCGCACUCAUCCACCGCCAGAGGCCUGAGCUCAUUGACUUCGACUCGCUCAAUGAGGAGGACGUGGCGGGGAACAAUCAGCUGGCGUUCGACGUGGCUGAGCGGGAGUUCGGCAUCCAACCGGUGACGACGGGGAAGGAGAUGGCGUCGGAGGCGGAGCCAGACAAACUGCUGAUGGUCCUUUACCUGUCCAAGUUCUACGAGGCCUUCAGGAACUCACCGCUGAACAACAACGUUUCCAGAGAACCAGAUGAGAACAGUGAAGAAUAUCCAUGGAAAACCAACCACAGCGUUCAACAGCCCAGGAAGAGAAUCCCCAGGGACGACAAGAAACCGGAAGAAGACUCUGUCAACAAGAGAAGAAAAAAGGGCACCCACUACCUGUCAGAGUUGUCCUGCCACAGUGCGCCCCCCACUGGUGAGGAUGGAGAACUGCGGGAGAACAAGGUCCGCUCCAUGGCCACUCAGCUGCUCGCCAAGUUUGAGGAGAACUCGUCAACUGGAAAGAUUCGCACCAAGUCUGAUGAGGACCCAUAUGAUCCAUCCUUUUCUUCUCCUGUUUCCACUCCUCUUCCUCUGUCAGAGGAGGAGGAGGAUGAUGAUGAUGAUGAGGAAGAGGAGGAGGUGAACCCUCGCUUUGCAAAGCCUAAACAUGUCCCUCCUCCUGCUCCUGUUCCUCCUCCUCGGCCUAAGUGGCAGCCAUCCAUCUACCUCCGUUUACUGGAGAACCCCACUUCUGCUGCUCAGACUCCCAGUUUCCUCUGUCGCAGUCGAUCUCCUUCCCCCUCCCGCUCUACGAGCCCCUUAAGCCCACUCCGCACACCAAGUCCUAAUGUCACUGAACAACAUUACCCACAAUUCCCCUCUCCUCACAUUACACCUGGCCGUUUCUCUGCUUGUGCACCAGAGGCUUCAGGUUUAGAUCGUUCUUCUGAGGAGCCAGUGCAGCAGUGCGUGGGUCGUAAAGGCGUCGGUUCUGGCCUCGGUGGCAGCGACAUCUGUCAUUUCUGCUCCAAACGGGUGUAUGUGAUGGAGAGACUCAGCGCUGAAGGCUACUUCUUCCACCGCGAUUGUUUCCGCUGUGACGUCUGUAACUGCACCCUACGACUGGGAGGACACACCUUCCACUCACAGGAGGGAAAGUUCUACUGUAAGGUUCAUUACGCCCAGCGCCAGUCCAGCACUAGUUUCGGCCGGUUCAGAAGAAGAAUGGACGACCAAAGCCGCCUCCCAUCGUCGUCUCUGGACAGCGGGCCUUACUCGACGGCGGGCAGCGACCACAUCCGGCCCCCAGGAGGGGCUUCCCUGCGGUCGGAGCAGUUUGAUAAAUGUCCUAAAAGAACCCCUGGAGGUGCAGAGACGGCUGUGGAGGUUCUGGACGCUACCACCACACAAGACGCCACAGGGGACAAGAACCAGAACCAGGACCAGGAUGGGACUAAAGAUCAAUCAAACACCAAACAGAAUAAUCGAUGGAAAAGAAAAAUCAGAGCGACCUUCCCUCUGAUCUUCAUCAAACACUUUCACAAGAACUGGUCGGGCCCAGAGACUGUUCAUGAAGCCGAUUCUGACUUUGAGGAUCUCUGUACAACAGAAAAACCCACGAACUCGAACACCAUUUCCAAGACCUUGCCAGAUGCCCAGAAUCCUUCAGAGCGAAGGGAGAAGACUGAAGAGCACUCAGCCACAACAAAAGCAGUCGACGGCUCAUGUACGCCAAAAAAACGGCUGAUGUUAUCGCUGUCUGAUAAAGAGAAGCUUCUGAACUGGGAUGUGGCGGUUACAGCCGAGGAGACGGAGGGGGUGAAGACAGAAGAGCAGCAGGAAAACAAGGUUCAAGCAGAGACAGAAGCAGAUAAGCCUCAGACAGACUCGGGCCAGGACGGAGAACCAGCUCCGAGCCAAACCCCUUCUUCACCCUCCUCAGCCUUCCAGUUGAUAGCCAACGCCUUCCGGAGGACGUUUAGCGUGACCAAUCCCUCCAGCAGCUCCAACGCCGCAGUCAUAAUGAGGCCUAAACCUGCCGGCCCCCACAAACAGAGGCCCAUGUCUGAAGGAGCUUUUUCCUUCAGCUCCCUCUUCAGUUCUGCAGCUCCUGAAUCCUCCAGAGAUGACAAAAAGGCCGCUAAGUGUGAUGCACAUUCUCGGUGGGCGUCAAUGGGGGCGGAUCCAUGGGGGGGUGGGCGGGACUUGCCCUCACUGCUGCAGCAGGUGUCUCUGAAGGGCCGCAGAGACUCUGGGGGGGUCUUCAACGAUGACAUGGCCUCAGUGCCCCGGAGGAGGCUCGACUUGUUUUCUUCUCUGAGGUUGAGGAAGAGGCAGGCGUCGGAGGAUGAAGGGAAGGACCAUGAGGUGCAGAAGGAGAUCAGGACCAUCCUCACCAACCUCAGAAACAAAGCCUCCAGUCAACAGAAUCUAGAGGAACAUUCUUCCAGUGACGAUGAAAAUGAAAACCUCACCUCUAAUCAACAGAUAAGUUCAGAGAAACAGAAAAGGAAGCAGGAGAAGACGGUGGCCCAGCAGACCAAAAGAGAACAGCUGAAGAGGCUCCACAGAGCUCAGGCUAUCCAGAGACAACUGGAGGAGGUUGGUGAGAAACAAAGAGAUCUAGAGGAGAGAGGCGUUACCAUAGAGAAGAUCAUCCGUGGAGAAACAGAAAAGGGUGAAUCGGACGACGGAGACGAAGCCCAGCUCUAUCAGACCUGGUUUAAACUCGUUCUGGAGAAGAACAGGCUGGCCCGCUACGAGUCUGAACUCAUGAUCUUUGCUCAGGAGCUUGAACUAGAAGACACCCAGAGUCGACUGCAGCAAGACUUACGACGCAGAAUGACCGUAGAGGAUACGAAGAAAAGCGCCUCGGAGCUGCAGGAGGAGCAGGUGAUCCUGUCGGAGAUCAUGAGGACGGUGGAGAAACGGGACAUGCUGGUGUCUGCGCUGGAGGAGCAGAGGCUGAAAGAGAGGGCCGAGGACCGGGACCUGGAGAGCCUGGUCCUCUCCAAAGGCUACGAGUUCCACUGGGCCCAGGCCGAGGACGGCUGGGACCAGGACAAACAGGACAGCUGAGGGCCGCUGGGACACAUAUCCACAACAAUUACUUAAAAAAAAAAACAGGGUGGCGUUGUAAAAGCUGUCAGCCGGCCUUUGCUUGUGUAACAUUAGAAGGCUAGACAAAGGUAAGUGGAGGUUUGUUGGCUGUAAAUAAGACGGUGAGGCUUCAUCUGAGUCUGAGUUUGUGCUGGUAUGUGGAGUUCAGACCCUGACGAAGCAGGGAAAUGGAGUUGACACGGCCUCGUAACAGCUAAUGACUCACUUUACAGCCAUGAGGACUAAUAACAUUUCAGCCAUUAAGGUUAUUUGACCUCCGUGCUCUGGAGUAGAAUCUAUAACGUCUCAGGCUGACAUUGACCUGGAACUGGAUGUGCAAUGAGACGCUUCUACUAAUGUCACUGACUGCCUCGUACGUUUUUACACAACAUACUGCAGGAAGCAAACUGACAGGCUUUAGCGCGCCAUUAUUCCUGAGUGUAACGCAGUGUAGCUUCACUGGAUUCACACAUGAAACGGCUACAAAUGUA